ACUCCGAGACAAUACCCGAGCCUGCAGCCCGCACUCCGCUCGGCGCGGCAGCUACACGCUGCUCGCUCGCGCUCUAUCCGUUCGGCGUUCAUUGCCGACUUAAUCGCAAGAGUGACAGGACGUACUCUCGCUAACAUAAAUUUUUUCGAAAAAACUUUACUUUUUCAAAAACUUAUUACCUACGAUACAUUCUUCAUUUGCGAUACAUCGAAGCGGUCAACUACAAAGACGGCGAUCGAUAAUAUUUAUCGCAGCGAUCACAAAGUUGAUCACAAUUUUAAAAGUCGAUUAUAGCGUUUGCCGUUUUCAGUUACGCGACAUUUAAAUUCUUAUACCAAAAAGAUUUAAGAUUUUUUGUGGCGUUUCCGAUAUUGUUCUUUUAGACGUGCUACGGGAAGAUCUAAAAUGUCGAAAAAACACCUGCACAACCAAGCUGCUAUACCGCUUGCUCCUGCGGUAUUUAAGAAACCUCAAUUACGGCCGAUGAUAGCCGAAUAUGAUCCCAAGAAAAAAGGAGUCAAAAAUGACUUGUCAGAUCUUGUUAUGGUCAAAUAUAAAGUUGAUCCAAAUGAAAUCCCAGUGGAGCAACAGGCUGGGUCUACACUCCCCCUCAUGGAGAUACCAGGUCGGGAUAUUGAAGAGGAUGAGGACUAUAAUCCCUUUGAACAUAGAAAACUAGCGCAUCCUACAUCUGACAUGGAUACGUUAAUUCAUCUCCUUAAAGGUUCAUUAGGCAGCGGCAUAUUAGCUAUGCCUAUGGCUUUUAUGAAUGCCGGUCUUUAUUUUGGAUUGGUUGCUACAUUCCUCAUAGGAGGAAUAUGCACUUACUGCGUUCACGUGCUAGUAAGAACUGCGCACGAUCUGUGUAGAAGACUGCAGAAACCAUCUCUUGGAUUUGCGGAAACUGCUGAAGCUGCUUUCCUAGCUGGACCUCCAGCUGUGCACAAAUUCUCAAGACUUGCAAAGGCAAUGAUAAACUGGUUCCUGGUGAUCGAUUUAUUGGGAUGCUGCUGUGUAUACAUUGUAUUUGUUGCAAAAAAUGUAAAACAAGUAGUAGAUUUCCAUGCGAAAGAAAGUGAUUGGCUGCCACAUGAUAUGGAUAUCAGAAUUUACAUGGCAUCACUCCUACCAUUCUUAAUUUUAAUGAAUCUGCUAAGAAAUCUAAAGUAUUUGGCUCCAUUCUCAAUGAUUGCUAAUCUUUUAGUAGGCACAGGAAUGGGCAUAACAUUUUAUUACCUUUUCCAAGAUAUUCCUAGCCUGAGUUCCAGAAAAGCAUUCGCUGGUGUUACUCGUCUGCCCACAUUUUUCGGUACUGCAAUAUUUGCUCUUGAAGGUAUUGGUGUCGUAAUGCCUCUUGAAAAUAACAUGAAGACACCCACUCACUUCAUCGGCUGCCCUGGAGUUCUCAAUACUGGCAUGUUCUUUGUUGUUUCAUUGUAUGCUUUGGUCGGAUUCUUUGGAUAUUUGAAAUACGGAGACGAAACUUACGGGAGUAUCACAUUGAACCUGCCAGAUUACGAAGUAUUGGGACAAUGUGUAAAGCUUAUGAUUGCUGUGGCCAUCUUCUUCACGUACAGUCUACAGUUCUAUGUACCGAUGGAAAUUAUCUGGAAAAACGUCCGCCAUUGGUUUGGAGCCAAGAAAAACCUCGCUGAAUACAGUAUUAGAAUUGCUAUUGUAAUAAUGACGGUUUGCAUUGCUAUAGCUAUUCCAAACCUUGGUCCUUUCAUUUCUCUCGUGGGUGCUGUCUGCCUCUCCUUCUUAGGUCUAAUUUUCCCCGCCGUAAUUGAGACUGUAACAUAUUGGGACCGCCCUAACGGCUUAGGCCGAUUCAAUUGGGUACUGUGGAAAAAUCUAUUUCUGGUUUGUUUCGGGAUUUUAGGAUUCCUUACCGGAUCCUACGUUAGUAUUUUAGACAUACUCAAAGGAGAAGAGUAAGACAGCAACAUGAAAGACUAAGAUAAUUUAAGGCUCAAAAGAAAGUUCGUUAUGGGCUAAGUUCUUUCGGAAUUUUUUUUUCUUGCUUAUUUUAAUUUUUAUACAACUUUAUUUACUAGACUAGAUAGAGAUUCCUAACAGAUGUUGAGUUUCUGGAAUGCUCAAAUUUUAAUGUUUGAGAUUAGUAUUAUGUACAUGACUUUAUGUAUAUCGCGUCAAGCGGGUUGUGUUUUUUAUUCGAAAUAUAUUUAGCCCCGAAUCUCUGUAGCCAUUUACCUAGAAUAAGCAAACUGUAGAUUAAUAAAUAUGAAAUGUGUGAGAAUUUUUCUAGUGCAUUAUUAAAAUGUGAUAAACUAUUAGGUUUAGAGAAGCGUAAAUUUCUAUGCAUAAAAUAUGGAACUUAUGGUUUAAAAAAAUAAUGUUAUUCGUUUUGAAAACGUUGACAAUAUCAAAAGAUUUAGAAUAAUCUGUCUUUCAUGGGCACAUUUCGACGUAAGUAAAAGUGUGUUGCAUAUUAUGGGUUAUAUUGUGAAAACAAUUGUUAGUGAUAUUAAUGCUAAUUUAGUAAUGACAUUUCAAUAACCAAAAAGCCACAACAUAUAUACAUAUUUACUGACUAAGAAAAUUGUUCAAAUCGAGCAAUGGCUACCUUGGAUACUAAGGCAUUUAACUACCAACAAAUAAUCUAGGAACGUAAUUAAUUGAGACGUUAAGUUGAAUUAUUUAAGCAUACAUUUUGUUCUAAUAUAGAGAAAGCAUAUUAAGUAUAUUUUGCCCUAACCAUUAAUUAUUCAUUUAGCAUAUUAAUAUAAUAUAUUCUAGACUUCCUUUUAAACAAUCGGAUAGGUACAACUGCAGUAUUUUUAUAUUAGUCCUCUCAUUUUCGGAGUCAACAAAAAAUAAAAAUAAAACGUCAAACAAAAACACUUUUCUACUUCCUACAUUCCUAAUUAUGUAAAUUUUCAUCUUGUAUACGAAAAUGGGCUGGAACGGCUAAUCUUACAUUUUUCUGGAAUUAUUAGUAAACAUCUUUAACUCGCGCCAGUUAUUUUAUGCAUUUAUGACAUGCAAAUAAUGUAACUGUUUAUUAUAUGCUAAAAUGUUACGAUAUACAGAUUAUGAGGCAAAGAAUAUAAAAAUAUUGUAUUUUGUAGUUUGUACAAUGUUAAGAAUGCAUUAAUCUUGUUCUAGUUGGUAUAAUUUGGGCUUCAACUCCUACUAUUAUUGAAGUUGAAAAUUUUGUAUAAAAUUGCAUUAAUCCGUUUAAGUUUUCCGACAAAAUCUUUUCUAUUUUAAAUAUUUUAUACGUAGUUAAUAAUCAAAUUAUGUUCCUUUGAACGAGUCUAUUGAUUGAUAUUUAUUUUAGUUUACUCCAGAGAGAUUGUGAUUUUGAUUGUUUCAAAUAUGAUGAUAAUUAAAGUAUUAUACUUUAGGUAACAGACGGUUCAAUAGAACUGAAUUUAUUUAGGCCCUUUUGCCUUGAAGUAUUUAAUCAAAUGGUUAAUCGUGAUUAUAUAUUUUAAGAUUGCAAUUAUACAACCGAGUAGCUUCCUGCAAUAGACGAGAUUUAAGUUCUAGGAAUUUCAUAGACGAAUUUCGGCAUAUUUAUAACAAUGAAUUAUUCAAUGUAACACAUUGCAUCCGAAGAGUCAAUUCAGCAAAUCAGAGUGCAAUAUUUUCGUAACGUUUUACUAAAUUUAUUUUCUAAAAGUUUUUUAAAAUAUGAACGAGGGGAAUCAUUCCUAUUGAUAAAGAUAUUGCGUACAGUUUGAUAUAAAGUAUCAGUUUGCCUAAUUAAUCAUAGGAGUGGUGGUUGUUUUGUUACAGUAUUAAAUAAAACAGUUUAAAGGGU